AUGUUUUUAAAGUCCGCACUGGUUAGUAGUGAAAAACUUGUAGUGAAAUACUUGGGUUCUUUAUCAUUGUGUGUGAUACCUGUAAAGAAAGAGGUUGAGAUUUAUGGUGUCGUGCCUUAUGAGCGUCUAAAUGCCAAAUCAAAUAUUUUCAUUAGCUACGUGCAAAUGUAUGUAGUACCUUUAUUCUAUUUGACCUGCUUUGGUCUGGUUAGCUUUGGCUCGUUUGGGGUUUAUAAGCAAAGUGGUUGUGAUAGCAUCUGUCGUUUGGGCAAUUCGCUUUUUAUACACUUGGGUCUGUUUCUGUACCUAUCGACACAUUUCCUAACACUGUGGCGUCGUAAACAAUUCUUUAUUGAAUUUCAAAAAUCUCUGGACGAUAUUGAUGUGCAUCUUCGGAAAUGCGAUGAGGUGGGUGUGAAAAAGGAGAAGAAAAACGAGCCAAAAUAUCUAUAUUAUGCCACCUGGUUUGUGGUCAUUGUAUGCUUUAGUGUGGCCAUGGUGUAUGAUAUUAAGGAAUUGUUAUAUUAUUAUAACGAAUACUUUUUUAUUGUUUUCGUUGUCUCGAACUUUCCCUAUUCUUCGUCCAGCAUUGUUUUGGGUCAAUUUAUUUAUUUUGUGGCUGAAAUUUCUAAACGUUUUAGAAUGCUUAAUGAACUGUUUGAGAGAAUUAAUCGUGAGAGUGAACGUAAACAUGCUCCUUUAAUGAUUUUCGACAUUGAAUCGGAAGUGAAAAAGGAUUUACCAGCGAAUCAAGAGCUAAGACAUCGUCAUAUUGUGGAUCAUGUUUCGAUUACUGAGGACAGUGAUGAGUUCAAUGAUGAUGUGAAUGAUUUUAACGAUGCCGAAACUAUACCAGUGGACGUUCCCACCUCCGAAACCAAUCUGCCCGAGCUCUUCAAGCUGCACGAUAAAAUUCUCUCCCUUAGUGUGCUCACCAACGCUCAAUACGGACCGCAGUGUGUUCCCUAUAUGGCCGUUUGCUUUGUCAUAACCAUCUUUGGCAUAUUUCUGCAGACAAAAGUGUUUUUCGUAGUUGGCGGCAAGAGUCGUCUACUGGAUUAUGUGGUAUUCCUCUAUCUGCUGUGGAGUUUGACAACGAUGCUGGUGGCGUAUUUAGUUUUACGUCUGUGCUGUAAUGCCAACGGGUAUUCGAAGCAAUCAGCCAUGAUUGUCCAUGAGAUAAUGCAAAAGAAGCCCGCAUUUAUGUUGGGCAAUGAUGUCUACUACAAUAAAAUGAAAUCGUUUACAUUGCAGUUUUUACACUGGGAGGGAUACUUUCAAUUCAAUGGCAUUGGCUUGUUUACUUUGGAUUAUACAUUUAUAUUUUCGACCGUAAGCGCUGCUACUUCGUAUCUGAUUGUGUUGCUUCAAUUCGAUAUGAGUUCAAUAUUGAAGCAAGAAGGAUUAUUGUAAUUUGGUUUGGUUUGUUGUUUUUUUUU